AUGGAUACUGACGGAUCAAGUGGCAUGGCGCAGUCUGCCGCGCUUAAACUCUCAGAGAUGGGGGAAAGAACUAAACAGUUAGGCACUGCUAUACAAGAUCCUGAACGACAGAGGAGGAUUAUUCUAGUUAUUGUAUGUGUGGCACUUUUGCUAGAUAAUAUGCUCUACAUGGUGAUCGUGCCAAUCGUGCCAGAUUAUCUAGCUCAUCUAGAAAGCGAAUCAGAGCAUGGUGGGAUCCAAGGAAAUUCCACCAACAGAACAGAAAACUUUGACAUCCAGAUCGGAGUCCUUUUUGCAUCCAAAGCCAUUGUGCAACUUCUGGUUAAUCCAUUCUCUGGCACCUUCAUAGACCGAGUCGGAUACGACAUACCUCUUUUUAUCGGACUUUCCAUCAUGUUUGUCUCCACGUGCGUUUUUGCCUUUGCUGAUAACUAUGCCACAUUGUUUGUAGCGCGCAGCCUGCAAGGUCUGGGUUCAGCCUUCGCGGACACCUCGGGCAUCGCUAUGAUCGCGGACAAGUUCACCGAGGAAGCUGAGAGGAGUCGUGCCCUGGGCAUUGCCUUGGCGUUUAUCUCAUUUGGAAGCCUGGCCGCGCCCCCAUUUGGUGGGGUGCUUUACGAGUUCGCGGGAAAGCGCGUCCCCUUCAUAGCCCUUGCAUGCGUCUGUUUAGCAGACGGUAUACUGUGUAUGACUGUCCUCAAACCGUUUUCAGGCAGGACCAGAGAGAACAUGCCAGUCGGCACCCCUAUUUACAAGCUCAUGAUUGAUCCAUAUAUAGCUGUAGUGGCAGGCGCUUUGACCACCUGUAACAUCCCGCUUGCGUUUCUUGAACCUACUAUUGCAAACUGGAUGGAGGAUACCAUGAACGCGUCCGAAUGGCAGAUCGGACUCACCUGGCUGCCAGCAUUCUUUCCUCAUAUUUUGGGCGUCUACUUGACUGUGAAACUGGCAGCCAAACACCCGCACUUGCAAUGGUUCUAUGGUGCGCUUGGCAUGGUUAUAAUUGGUGCCAGUUCUUGCACAGUACCAGCGUGCAAAAACUUUGAGCAACUUAUUAUCCCACUGUGUGGCAUUUGUUUUGGCAUUGCAUUAGUGGACACUGCUUUACUACCCACUCUAGCCUUUCUAGUAGAUGUGCGUCAUGUGUCGGUGUAUGGAAGUGUGUAUGCAAUUGCUGACAUCUCCUAUUGUGUGGCAUAUGCCCUGGGCCCUGUGGUAGCUGGUAAAAUAGUGCACGAUCUAGGUUUUGUGCAGCUCAACCUGGGCAUGGGGCUCGCCAACGUGCUUUACGCACCUGCGCUGCUCUUUUUGCGCAACGUUUGCUCCAUGAAACCGAGUCACUCAGAAAGAGACCUGCUACUGGAAGAAGGAGCCACAGGUCUGUAUGAUACGAUACAAAUGGAGGAGCGCCAGGGCAGGAAAAUGAAACAGGGCUAUAGCACUGCGACUACCUGUGUGCCUGUUGAUGAAAAUGGUACAAUUGCGCCAAACGCGAAAUCCUACUAUGAGGAGGAAGCCUCUAAAUCAGAGUGCAUAUAG